GACGUCGCCUGGACGAUUUCCUCCGAUGUUUCCCGAAGUGUGGCUCCGAAGCAGCUCGCCCUUUUUAACAGGCUUCUCCCAAUGCAGUUUUCCACCCUCUCUUUGUCCCAGACUGGCUGUAAUGACGACGCCUUUCCCUUUAAGAUGAUGUCGGAAACAAUUAUGUGUUAUUUAAUUAUUUUGUGUAAUGUCGGCGGACAGAAACUUGGACCAGGCAAUAACGUUAGAAACCAGCGACGGUUAACGUCGGGAGUCUAGCAUCAAGCUUUUGUAGCCCCAGCGGGCAUCGCAUCCCGGCUCAAAGUGGUGUCGGCUGACGCUACGUCUGCCCGGGACUAACAGGAGUCCUGUGUCCUUGCUGUGUCAAAGGCACCACUGGUGUUUUUCACAGGUAACAACACUUCCCCGGGACAGAAAUGUCACUUGAUAUCGGACUAACAGACAAAGCAGACUGGAGUCGAGACGCAGAGGAGAUACAGUAAAGGGGGAAUGCGGUGAAAUCGGGCUCAAUUUUGAACUACUCUCUAAUCUGCCCCCCUCCCCUUUCACCCCCGCAAUGUUUUGGAUGUUUGGGAGAGACAACGGACAAUAAUAGGAUCUCGGCAGACAUAUAUCAAUAAGCUACCUGACGGGGAGCUUCUUCCACAUCUCCUUCUGUCCGUCUGGGGGCUGACAUCAUACCCGCUAGGCCCCCGAUGAUGACGUCACCGGACUCGCCCCCCCUGGUCUCUCCAUCCCCAUGCCCCGCUCCCCCGCCUUCCCUCCCCUCCUCUCCCGUGCCCUCCUCUCCAGCCCCCUCCUCCUCCUCCCUCCCUCCCCCACCCUCGCUGCCUCCCACAGGCGAGGUGAUGGUGCUGGCCCUGGGGAGGAAGAAGCAGCGGGUGCUGAUAGCUCUCUCCAUCCUACCCAACCUCUUCCUGGCCUUCCUGCUCUCUUCCGACCCCCUCAUCACCCUCUCCCCGCCCCACCACUGCCGCCUGCCGGGGCCUUCACCGUCCCCCCAGGUGCUCAACACCUCCCUGCCCUGGGAGAAGGGGGAGAGGCCCGGUGACAGUGGGGGGCCAUCCCAGUGUAAGCAGUAUGUCAACGGGAGCCAGUCGGCAGUGGUGGACUGCGAGGCCGGCUGGGACUACAACGUCACGGAGGGGCUGAGGAACAACAUUGUUACUGAGUGGGAUCUGGUGUGUGGUCAAUACUGGCUGGUUCCAGUGGAGGAGGUCUGCUUCAUCCUGGGCAUCCUGACUGGCUGUCUGGGCCUGGGCUACGCUGCUGACAGGCUGGGCAGGUCCAAGACGCUGCUGACUUCUCUGACUCUGUCGGUGGUGUUUGGCGUGCUGGUGUGUGUCUCUCCCUACCCUUCCAUUUUCAUCGUCAUGCGUUUCUGUCUGGCGGCUGCUAGUGCGGGAGUCUACCUCACUCUCUACAUCUCCCGCCUGGAGCUGUGUGAGCCCUCUCUGCGGCUGGUAGUCACCAUGCUGGCUGGUCUGAUGACUGUUGCCGGGGAGCUGCUGCUGCUGGCCGUGGCCCUGGGGUGUCAGUCCUGGAGGGGCCUGUUGGGAGCCGGAGCCGCCCCGCUAACGCUCUUCCUCAGCUAUGGCAUUCCUGGGGUCUUUCCAGAGUCUCCUCGCUGGCUCCUUCUGUCAGAGAGAUCUGGGGACAUGAACUCAUUCAGUGAGAGAGGAAACUCCAACAGAGAUGUGAGGGAUGAUGAGAGCUUCACAGAGCUGGAAUCAGAGCCGUCUGCCUCCUCUCGCCCCAACCUGUCCUUCCCUGAGCUUUUCCACAGCAGGAACAUCUGGAAGAACAUGUGUGUGCUCGGCUUCACCUCGUUCAUCUCCCAUGGCAUUAGUCACUGCUACAGCUCUUUCCGGGGUGAUGUCAGAGGCACUGCCCCCAGCUUCUACUGGACGUACCUGCUGUCCGUCUGCGCGGGGGGCGGUGCCUGGCUGUUGCUGUGGGCGACCGUUGACAGGUGUGGUCGCCGUGGCAUCCUGCUCCUUGCCAUGACAAUGACGGGCCUGGCCUCUUUGAUCCUCCUGGGACUGAUGGAGUAUCUGAGUGAGGCAGCCAUCACUGUUUUCUCAGUGCUGGGGCUCUUCUCGUCCCAGGCCACCGCCUCUCUCUGCAUCCUCUUCACUGCUGAGAUCAUGCCCACUAUCAUCAGGGGCAGUGGUGUGGGUGCGGUGCUUGCCCUGGGCUGUGUGGGCCGUCUCAGUUCACCACUUAUGGACCUGAGGAACCACUAUGGUUAUUUCCUGCACCACGUAGUCUACUCCUCACUGGCCCUGUUGGCCGUAUUGUCCAUCCUGCUGCUGCCUGAGAGCAAGAGGAAGCCACUGCCCCAGACGCUGGCCGACGGGGAGCAGUACCGACGCCCCCCGCUGGGCCGAAGGAGGAGGGACAACGUGCCGCUGCUGGCCACACCCAACCCAGAGACCUAAAAGGCCCUGAAACUGCGGGUUGAAGCCGCGUUCAAAUUGCUCACCCUAACUCGUUGUUAGCUGCCAUACAGUUAGAGCCCCAAUGUCUACUCAUUUCCACGCAGCGGAGGAAAAAGACCGAUCGAUGGAAAUGUUGAAAGUGAGAGAGAAAAAGAAGGAUGGAGGGAAGAUGGCUGGCAGUCUGCUCUAUAGCUGGCUGUGUACAGACAAUGAAGGAAAGUGAAGAUCGUGACAAGACACUCUGCGCUUCCUAACAUAUCAUUCUCCAGUCAUUCCAAACACAAGUGUUUUGGUCUGCCAUUUGACAUCAUUUGUCUCCAUUUUCUGUCAUUCAGAUGUGUGUUAUGUGUAUGAAUCACACAUCUUGGGAUGUCCUGCCGUAUCAUCUCCUUCUGACUGGGCAGUGGGGGUUCUGCCCACGUAGAGACAUGACACACCAGCACACACUGCUGCACCCCAUCCUCCAAACCCAGUGUGUCUGUCUUAGAGAUGUAACCUGCCAGCUGCUGACACUCCAGACCAGACAUGGCUGUAGUUGCAAGUCAUUCUUAGUGUUUGUUUAGACCUGCUUAGAGAGGUAUGUGGUGUUUGCCAUGUACAAUGAUGCAACAAGUGCCAGGAAGUUUAUACACCUAAAGCAAAGUACAUGUAAGUCAAUUUUGUGUACUUUGCUGUGAUGUUCAACUUACCUGACACAAACUAAAUUAUGCUAAUCUGGUAAACCCCUCCCAUCUAGUACAAGACUGUAUGGACCAUAGUUCUCUGAUGGGACGCAUGUUGUGACAAACACUGAAAGGGGUGGUGGGUUUUAUGGAAUAUGCUUUGUAAAUACCAUAGAUUUAGUUUCUUUAACUUCUGGGGGGGGGGUCUAAGUUUUGUUAAAGCUGACCCUGCAGCUGGAAAAUGUUCGCUAUGCAGUGGAAACGUUUGUUGUAAAGGUGGCGUGACUGAGCACUUAGCAGGAGUCUUUUUUUUUUUUUUUUUUUUUAAGAUGGUAGAGGAAUUUGCAUUGCUUGAUGUUAAUUUGAGGAUACUCUUAAAAUUUAAGGGAAAGUUUUGUGAACUUUAUUCUUCUUAACACUAUUAUUGCACCAUCUGUUAACUUGAUAGUGUGCUCAAAAGCAACAAAAAAGACAAGAUGGCCUUGUCCUCAAACACAAGAAGGUGUUGAUGAUCACGCUGUUUGAUUCCAGUUACUAAAUCUGGCCUGGAGCCAGCAAUAUUUAUGUCCUAUUUAUGUUGUUAAUAUGCAAAAUAGUCUGAGCUUACAGAUCCUGCCUAACUGGGGCCCUGUUUAACAAAAUCAAACAUUUUUAAGUAUUAAUAUAAAGACUAUUGAAUUGGGUAUGAGAUGAAACAUCCUUUGAAAUGACCGCACAAAACAAACUUGCCACUUUCUGAUGUCUGUAAGCGAAUGGCGGUCUGCUGUCAGUUGUCACAACAUUCCUAUCUGCUGACCUCUGCAUGUUUGGAAGCAGUGAAGGGCUUGUCUUUCUGUAUUUCCUCAGAAGCUUAAAUAGUUAUACAAUACCUCCCCAGGUGAGCAGUCUCAGCUGCAAGAGAAUAGACGGGUACACACUAUAGCAGAACUGGACUUUAUUUAGCUGAAAUGGUGACUUGCAUAACCAGGUACAUAUUUUCUGUCAGGAUUUGCCAUUUGGAGGUUGUGACAGAGCAGCCAUUUUUUGCCCAAAUGUUAAUGGAUGCUAGAGGAAGGGCCUUAUGAUUAUGCUCCAUGUGAAAAGGUGCGAAGAGACUUGAAUGGUAGCUGAAGAGGGCCCCAGAACUCCAAAUUCAAACCCUGCUGCCUCUUCAGCAAGGAAACAAGCAAAACAGGAGUGCAGUUAAUACGUUUUUUUUGUUUGUUUGUUUGUUUGUUUGUUUUUUUUUUAACAUGGCUUCACUUCAGUGUAGUAGUUGGCACCAUAUUGCACAGGGAUUAAAUAAAAAUUUUAUGAAGAAUGACAAAGCAUGCCAAUUUUCUUACUACACAAAGGAUAGUCAAGUGCAAGAAUACUUACACAUUAGGUAAUGUGAGUCUCUUUGAGUUUUGUUGUACUGUAUGGAUGGAUUCAGUCCUCAUGUUUGUGGCAGUCCAUGAUGGGAGAGGAGGCGGCGGUUGUUUAAUUUGGAGUCCGAUGAUGAAGAGUCAGUGGAGGAAUGAUGAAGGACACUCAACCUUUGCUGACAGCUUCUUCCUUCGUCAGCUUUUGGUAGUCUUUUUCUGUACAAUGCACUCAACAAGUCUUAAUACUUAUACACUGAUAAUUAUUAUCACUAUGAUUAACUUGACUCUAGUAAUAAGAUGUCUGACCACUGGUGAUCUGUUACAUGAUGACAGUGAUGUAAUUAUAUUAACUCUAUAGCCUGAUUUAAUGUAAAAUAAA